GUCGGGUAAGGAAAACCUGUAAUUUUGUUUCUCACUUAUAGCUUGGCCUUGUGAGGAUUCGGGGCGGGGCAACAGGUCCUCGAGGAGAGGGUAACACAUUUUGAAAGGGAGAGACUGUGACAUCCCGACAAUACAGUAGUACUCAACCUAACCUUGAAGAGUAAGGACGUCGCCAAGCAGGCCACAAUGGUCAACGGUAUAAGCAUUAGUAGACGCUGUACCGUUAGUCUAGGGACAUACCGUUGUGUCACAUGAAUUGAAGCAGUACUUAAUUAUAUAUGAAUCACCGGUAAUUAAUAAUCUUGGUCAUGUUUCGUGGAAGUUCUCUGUGCAUCCUGAGAAAACUCUGCAAACUGUGCUAUGAUGUGCCCUCUAACUGACUGACAUUAGUUAUGUACUUUACUAGUAAUUCUAUUCGAAGGACUAUACAAGGGCGCAAACGAUUACUUUUUGCUCUUGAAUCGCCCGAAUGAUUAGCCCGUCAUCCAGCGACUACCACCCAUCCCUUUUUCCGUCUUUGGGAUUUUGCGGGUCUGCCUGGUUCUACGCAUCCCCUCCGUUGCCAGUGACGCAGCCGUUGGCUCUAUUGCAAGUGGACGAUCUUUCGUUUGGUUUUCUAAUGAGCAGGACUGCCGCCGCCGCCUCCCCGUCACCACUAUUGUCUCCUCUACGUUGUGGCCCUGGAACCUUCUCAAGGAACUUCAAACGGUGCCUCAUAAUUUACGUUAUUGGUCGUUCGUGCCGACUGUGUUCUACCGCCGGUGGUGGGAUGCCACCGGAGGGUAGCACCUCCGGGGGCUCGCUACUCCUUCUCUUGCACCUCCUUGUCAUAGGGAAGGAGUGCUCUUGUUUGAGCCACCUCUCAUUGAACGUUCCAUUUACGGUGGCUCGAGGCAGCUCAGUUGCGUUAAAGGCGCGAUUUGCCUUAGACAACGCGGCAGAAAGCCUUGAAUCCGUCAUCUGGUACCGUAACGAUGAAGAAUUUGUUAGACUAAUCGUCGUCAGACCCGAUGGAAACGGGCAUAUGGAUAUCUAUACUGAUCGGCCAGGAGUUCCCAUCGACAAGUACAGAACGGUUCUUCGUGACGGAUUAUGCGAGGUGGUUCUCAAAAAUGUCCCCUUCGAAUCAACGGGUCGAUACCGAGUCGAGGUCAACACGGCCCUUCCAUUUCCUUCACAAAUGAGCACCGAAGAGGUUAUGGUUGUCGUAGUUCCGCCUCGAGACGGUCCCUCCAUUACUGGAGGUAUCGAGGACACAAAAGAGGGACCUUUUCUCGACAUGAUGUGUGUCUCAGGAAGGUCAACGCCCGCGGCUCAGCUUCAGUGGUUUAUCAAUGGAAAACCGGUUAAUCCUCAAUUGGACGUAAUGCGGUACCCGGUGGAUGUCGACCGCGAGGGUUUACAGCAAUCUAGACUCCAGCUGCGUAUACUCCUCGACGCGCGCAAACACUUUCGGCGUGGAAAGGGCCAUCGUAUACGGGUACGCUGCGUUGCCACUUUACGGGACGGCUUCGAACUUUUCGACGAUCGGGUGUUUCAUCAGCGGGGUCCAGAUCCUAACGAUAUCGAGGCUCAAGAGGUCCUCCAUACGCAUCCAAAUCCUUCAGAUUCUGCCGGUAGGGAACGAGGCGGGGACCAGUUGAAUGACAAUAAAAAAAGUGUCAUCCUUGCCGGAAAAGCAGCAGCAUCUUCAACGACAGGAUUAAACGGGCAAAGCUCAUUGCUGCUUGUUGUAAACCUAUUAAUGUGUAUUUUCCUACGGCUGUAUAAUACUAAAAAUUAUAUUUAA